UCCUCCUCUCAUCCACUUGGAGCAGCAGCCUGUGUGUGGAGUCAGUGGCACUUAAUCACAGAGCGCACAGAGGCAGGAGGCGGACCGACGGGCGUGAACGAAAUAGUAACUGUGAAGCGGAGAGGCAGCAGUGUGCGGGACAACGCAGAAGGAGGACCUUAUCAAGACGACUUUCUCAUCUUUUUACCUUCUCCUUUUUUGUCCAAACUGGAGCAAGUAUUGCAUUUUUCUCCCCCUCUCGACCCUCUCGUUCUCGGUCGUCUCUCCCCACGCCGCGUCCGCCGCCACUGCUUCCUUGGAGAUGUCCAAAAAACGAGCAGCCGAGCCGGAGUCCCGGGUGAAACAGCAAGCUGUUCUGGGCUGCACCAUGCCUCACCUCGCUUGUUUCUCACCGGAAUCUGUAGAAUGAAGACGGCUUAAAAAACAACAUCUGAAAAAGUCCGUGCAGUCCCAAGCGAAGCAAAGAUGUCGGUGCCUUUGCUGAAGAUCGGCGUCGUGCUCAGCACCAUGGCGAUGAUUACCAACUGGAUGUCGCAGACCCUCCCCUCUCUGGUGGGGCUCAAUACUACCAAGCUGACGGCGGCGCAGGGAGGGUACCCAGACCGGAGCACAGGAGUGUUGCCAGCAAACCCAGAGGAGUCGUGGCAGGUGUACAGUUCAGCCCAGGAUAGUGAGGGAAGGUGUGUUUGCACGGUGGUGGCGCCCCAGCAGUCCAUGUGUUCACGGGAUGCUCGCACCAAACAACUGAGGCAGCUGUUAGAGAAGGUCCAGAACAUGACCCAGUCCAUCCAUGUCCUGGACCAGCGAACCCAGAGGGACCUGCAGUACGUGGAGAAGAUGGAAGUGCAGCUCCGCGGUCUGGAGACCAAGUUCAGACAGGUGGAGGAGAACCACAAGCAGAACAUCGCCAAGCAAUACAAGGCCAUAAAAACGAAAAUGGACGAGAUUAGACCGUUGAUACCAGUGUUGGAGGAGUACAAAGCCGAUGCCAAAUUGGUAUUGCAGUUUAAGGCGGAGGUCCAGGAGCUGACGUCAGUUCUAAGCGAACUUCAAGAGGAGAUGGGGGCCUAUGACUACGAGGAGCUCCACAACAGAGUGUCAAAUCUUGAGGAGAGACUCCGAGCAUGCAUGCAAAAAUUAGCGUGCGGCAAACUCACGGGCAUCAGCGAGCCCAUCACCAUCAAGACGUCAGGAUCCAGGUUCGGCUCGUGGAUGACCGACCCUCUGGCACCUGAGGGAGACACCAGGGUCUGGUACAUGGAUGGCUACCACAACAACCGCUUUGUCCGGGAGUACAAGUCGAUGCAGGACUUCAUGACCUCGGACAACUUCACGUCCCAUCGGCUGCCCCACCCGUGGUCGGGAACUGGUCAGGUGGUCUACAACGGGUCCAUCUACUUCAACAAAUUCCAGAGCCACGUCAUCAUCAAGUUCGACUUCCGCACCUCGUCCAUCAGCAAGUCCCGGCAGCUCGACUACGCCGGCUUCAACAAUGCGUAUCACUACGCCUGGGGCGGUCACUCCGACAUUGACCUGAUGGUGGACGAAGGGGGCCUGUGGGCCGUCUACGCCACCAACCAGAACGCGGGGAAUAUAGUCAUCAGCAAGCUGAACCCAAACACGCUGCAGAUCGUGAAGAGUUGGACCACGAACCACCCUAAAAGGAGUGCUGGCGAGUCUUUCAUGAUCUGCGGCACGCUGUACGUCACCAACGGCUACUCAGGAGGUACCAAGGUGUACUACGCCUACUCCACCAACUCCUCUACGUACGAGUACAUAGACAUUGCCUUCCAGAAUAAGUACUCGCACAUUUCCAUGCUGGACUACAACCCGCGUGACCGAGCCCUCUAUGCUUGGAACAAUGGCCACCAGGUUCUAUAUAACGUCACGCUGUUUCACGUUAUCCGCUCGGAAGAAUUGUAACCACGGAGGAUGGAUUACAUAUAUACAUGCAUAUUGUCUGUGUAGAGAUCACCCUAUAUACAAAAAUAUAUCAGCGAAGAAGAAGACUUAAUGGCGAGACCAUUCUAUUUACGAUAUCAAGAGACUUACUGAAAGACUGCCUCAUCAGAGAAUGCAAACUGGAUUGAAUGUUCAUACAUGAGACUGAAAAAAUAUCAGAUUGAAGGGUUUCAUUCCAAAAUGUGAUAUAUUUGUUAUAAAAAAUAAAGCUUUAUAAGUUAAUAUCACAAAUUCACAAAUGAUUGUUCAAAUACAGAGCUGUUUUGUAAAUAAAAGGUCUUCAGACAACUUCUAAUUCCCCAUAGUGGACUUUAUUUUGGUAGUUACCAUCCUUUUCUUCAUUUUGGAAUGGAACUCUUUGAUUGUUUACUGCAGGGGUGUCAAACUCAAGGCCCGGGGGCCAAAGCCGGCCCGUAGUGCAGUUAUACCCUGCCCACUAGAUCAUAUGAUAUUUUUAUUAUAACUGGCCCACCAGUGUGAGGUCUGCAGGUUUCCUCCAGUAUAAAAUGUGAACUUAACCUUGAUGAUUUAUAAAACCCCGAUGACUCAUAAAAUUAUAUAUAGUAAAGAGUAGAAAUCAUUUGAUUUAAAGUCAGGAAGGUGGAAAAGAAAUUUGUUUUCAUUCAUAUUUUUAAUGUUGUAUCUCACAAUUAUGACUCAAAGUUA